AACGGCGCGAACACGGGCAAUAGUUGCAAAGUCUGGACAUAGCUGAUCGCUUCGCGGUAGGACGAUUGCGGCCAAGGUCUCUGGAGGCAAGCACUGAAGACUGGGGCUCUCUUGAGAAGCCAAGGCACGGGGGGGUGGAGAUUGCAUUUGCGGAGAACAGGUCCUAGCUCCUGGUUAACAAGAUAGCAACUUGGCCGUACUGUCGACACAGCGUUGGAAACACCAAUGGUCUGGAAUUCGUUUCAGUAAACAUUGCGUAAAGUGUUGAAAUGUGCAGAUUGGUUGGGCGAAAGAAGAGCACCAUUAUCGGUGGCUAUCAUAACUGCUGGUCUAUUUCCAAUUUAUGGUUCAAUGCAUAUCAAGAAUGGUGCCAUCUUUGGUAUGGAUGUAUGGACGAUCGAAUGAUGAAAUCGCGGGCAGCACGCAAGCUCCAGGUUGGAUGCCAGCGGGAGCGAUUGUUGUGUAUGACAAUGGGUCAACUGUAAUCGCAGGAUCUGCUGCCGUUUGCCUUGAGUGCCGAGUUGAGAACUUGAACCAGUUAAGAUUAGACCGCAGGGCCCGAAUCUCAUCUAUUGGUAAGAGAGCACAAGGAGCGCAUCGGACUUUUGUAAAUCCUAAUUACCUUGGUCAGCACAGCAAUAGGCUCAAUACGCUGUGGGCGCUAUCCUCGACCCACAUUUGUCAAAUAGAUUGCUAUCGGAUUGCCGCUACUACGCUCUCUUGCGCUUUGAGUAUCCAAUAGAUAUAACUGGGGCGAGGGUGUAGCUUUUGUCCUCUUCUCGGUUCGGCAUCGGGAGACUUGCCUGAUAUUACAUAAGUUUUGCUGAUAGUACUGUAUAUAUCGUUCUGGCGCAAACUCCAAGUCAUGGUUCGGGACAUCAUCGUCUAGUUCGCAGAAUUCAUCAUCACGCUUCCACCUCGUAGUCCGGCCUUUGUUGUCCAUAAAGGCCCCUGGACUUUUCCUUUUUCCCAGAGAAAUACUUGGUAUCAUAUAAAUUCGAAAGGGCCUCUCGCGUCGGCCUCAAUAUCGCC